AUGGCGCCUUCACACUCGUUCAUUCUUUUCUUGUCAUUCGUUUUGAGCCCAUUCGUUCAGGCCGCCCCUUGGAUUGUGACAGAUACCUACGAACAGAAGGUUAAUAAAGAUUACUAUUCCGAACUGGUCACCGAGGUCCAGCAAAUCUCUCCAACUGCAACUUUGCCAGCCGAGGCCCUGUCCACCAUUACUUCCACCAAUACCAACUAUGACUACACCGUUGUCGAAAAGCUUUAUCCCACUGGCUACGGCGCGGAGCGCGGGUUAUACGAUGGCUACCGUAACGCUAUGGAUAGUAAUGGAAACUAUCACAGCACCAUCUACAAAGUCAACCUGACUUUCUCGGCCCCAACGGCCUGCUCUACUCAAUGGACCACCACGACCGCAGUCGCAGUCACCCCUCCCUAUCAGAUCGCAACCUUGCUGCCCAGGGAUAAUGUAGAAAGCUCUACCUCAGUCGACAACAGCCAGCCAUUCCAGCCCACCACCUACAUCUACGAAGUGGUGUUCGUGGAACCCACCCAAAUCCCCAGCAGGACUCUGAACUCUCUGAGCACCUACCACACCCCUACCUCUAUGUACUCGGGUGCCGGAUGCCAGUACACAGGCCCCAGCGAUUAUAGCGGCAACUCCGGAUACUACACCGGCUUGUCCGACGGACCAGGAGGAUCCAGCACCGGCGGAUCAUCCAACUCUGGCUACUACGGCUACGGCAAUGGCUACUACGACGACGAAGACUGGUUCACCAGCAAAUGGGGAUCCGGCCUGGGUAUCUCCUACCUCGCAAUCGUGCUGAUCUGCACGCUGGGCUGGAUCGGCAUUGUUUUCAUCCUGGGCAUGAUCGAAGCCUGGGUGCGAUUCCGUCGUCUCAUGACGGGCUGGCAAACCCGUCGUGGUUUCCCUCUUUUCUGGUCCUUUCUUUUGCUUCCUUUCUCUCUUUUCUGUCUGUUUUGUUUCCGAAAGGGAUACCGCGCCCGCAGCAGAGAGGAUGCCGAGGUCCUCCAGAAGAGGUGGGAUGCCAUGGGUUUCUGGACAAAGAUGGGCUUGUUCUUCGCUUGGGGUUUCCGCUUCAAGUACCCGACUGUCUUGGGCCCCGCACCUGCCACUGUUAAGGCGAACAAGAGGCCUGUUGAGUCUGGUCCGCGCUUGUUGGAUGUCACUCCUCCCGGUAGCUGUGAGCCUUCUGGCAUGAGUCAGGUUCCUGUAUCUCAGGCGCAGCCCCAUGCUGCUUCACAUGCAUCUGGUGCUCUGCCAGCGGGCCAUGUUGAGGAGUCUGGUCCCGUUCGUUAUGCUUGA